ACUAUUAGAAUGGAUAUACCAGUGGACCAUGAAGAAAAACACCCAGAAGUACUCUUAAAAUUGAAAGUCGAUCGUCAUGUUUACUAUCAAGAUACAUUCAACGAAAAUUUUUAUUACGAAAAAUCUAAAAAAUCUUUUGCUAAAAAUGUAUUGGUGUCGAUGAAAAAUAAAAAUUUAAAGACCUCUUUGAGAUCCUUCAUACCAGUAUUUUAUUGGCUCCGUAAAUAUAGAUGGAAAGAUUAUAUAUUAUCAGAUAUUAUUUCUGGGAUUACGGUAGCUAUAAUGCACAUACCGCAAGGAAUGGCGUAUGCUUUAUUGGGAAAUGUUCCACCAAUAGUUGGCAUCUAUAUGGCAUUUUUUCCAGUAUUAAUUUAUUUCUUUUUUGGAACGUCAAAACAUGUUUCUAUAGGUACUUUUGCAAUUGUAUGCCUGAUGACUGGCAAAGUUGUUGCAACUUAUUCUACUCCAAUUAGUUCUUCCUUGUCAAAUAGUACACUGUUUGAUUCUUCUCGUGACUUAAAUGAUAGCUUACCUAUGUUUUAUUCACCCAUGCAAGUAGCUACAGCCGUUACUUUUUCUGUAGGACUAUUACAGUUACUCAUGUUCAUUUUACGAUUGGGAAUAAUAAGUUCUUUGUUAAGUGAAAGUUUAGUAAGCGGAUUCACUACUGGAGCAGCGAUUUAUGUUUUAAUAUCUCAAGUAAAAGACCUUCUAGGUCUACAAUUACCAAAACGCAAAAUAACCCAUUUUAAAUUGGUAUAUACUGUUAUAGAUAUAUUCAAUGUACUUAAGUAUCCCAAUUUCGCAGCCCUCACUGUAUCUACUGUGACAAUAAUUAUUAUGGUACUUAAUAAUGAAUUUUUCAAGGUAACUAUAAUCAGCCCAUGGCUUAAGCAGAAAUGCAAUAUGCCAUUUCCCAUUGAACUAAUUGCUGUGAUUUCUGGAACCAUCAUCUCAAACUAUUUUGAUUUAGCUGGACAUUAUGUUAUUGAAACAGUUGGUAAUAUUCCAACGGGACUUCCAAAGCCUGAGUUACCUACUAUACAAUUGAUAAAAGAUAUUGCAACAGAUUGUAUAGCUAUAACUAUGGUAUCUUAUACAGUUACCCUAUCAAUGGCAUUAAUAUUUGCUCAAAAAUUACACUAUGAGAUUGACUCCAAUCAAGAGCUUUUUGCAAUGGGCAUCAGUAAUAUUUUUGGAUCAUUUUUUUCAUGUAUGCCCGUGUCUGCAUCUUUAAGCAGAUCACUAAUUCAACAAACUGUUGGAGGAAAAACCCAGAUAGCUAGUAUAAUAUCUUGUUCAAUUCUUUUAAUUAUAUUAUUAUUUAUCGGACCAUUUUUUGAAUCUUUACCAAGAUCAGUUUUAGCAUCGAUUAUUGUUGUUUCAUUAAAAGGAAUGUUAUUACAAAUGAAACAAUUCCUUCGUUUUUGGAGACUCAGCAAACUAGAUGGUAUGGUUUGGAUCAUGACCUUUUUGAUUGUAAUAAUCGUAGGGAUUGAUGUGGGACUUCUAAUUGGGCUACUUACAUCUAUAUCGACAAUUUUGUUUUUAAGUAUUAAAUCUUACUCAUGUUUACUGGGUCACAUUCCAAACACCGAGUUAUACUUGGACACAAGCAAAUACAAGGAUCCUAUUGAAUUGCCUGGAAUUAAAAUAUUCCAUUAUCGUGGCGGAUUGAAUUUUGCUAACAAAGAUUAUUUCAAGUCAAAAAUUUUUAAACUUGUCAACAUUGAUCCUCAAAAAGAAUUAAAAUUGAGAUCUAAGAAAGCGAAGAAUCAAUUCGAGAUGCAACUAAGUGAUGGAAAUAAUGAAAAAUUACGAUUUUUAGUGAUCGAUUUAAGUUCAUUAAGUUAUAUUGAUCCUAGCGGUGUAGCUAUUUUAUAUAAUAUUGCUAAUGAAUUUAAUUCAAUUGAUAUUUCAGUAUGUAUAACAGGAUGUUCAGGCCCAAUUUAUGACAGUAUUUUAGAGUAUGAUAAGCAUGUAUCCGAAAAGCCUAACUUUCUAAUUCUUUUGACAAUUCAUGAUGCAGUAACUUAUGCUCUUAGUGAAUUUACAUCUAUAUGA